AUGGGGCUGAAGUGGAAAUGGUCUUCCUUUGAGGUGCUCCUGACCACCACAGUCCUGCUGCUCUCAGUCGUGUGUGUGGGACUUGUCGCCGUCUCCUGGCUAGCCUUCCAACCUGCCCAAGGAGGGUCCAAUGAUGUGGAGUUUCAUGGACGGUUGGUGAUCACCGAGGGAGCCACGUUCACAGAAGAGCUCCGAAACAAAAGCAGCUUAGGAUUCAAAGCCCUGGCCUUCGACAUGCAACUGCUAGUCACUGAAGCGUAUGAGCGCAGCGCCCUUAGAGAGCAGUUCAGGAUGUGCAUGGUGACUGAGUUCAGCCGGGGCAGUGUAGUCGUGCACUUUCACCUCGUCUUCCGUGACGCUGUGAAGGCAGCGAUUGCGCAGGAACAGUUGGUGUCCAGCAUUCAGACUGGAGAUGCAGCAGGCCUUAGCAUAGACAGCAGUAGCAUUCAGGUGACAGUGGGAUGCCCAGAAGGAAAAAAGGCAUGUAGUGAUGGCACCACUUGUGUGCCUGUGACCCACUUCUGUGACGGGAUACCCAACUGUCCUGAUGGACUGGAUGAGUCGGAACGUCACUGUGCAACAGUGUGUGAUGGACAGUUCCUCCUGCUUGGUCCAUCUGGUUAUUUUCAUUCUAAGAACUUCCCCCUGGAUUAUGACAAUAACACUGCUUGCCGCUGGAUUAUACGUGCUAACGAUGGUCUAGCCAUAAAGAUCAUCUUUGAGGUUUUCCAAACCCAGAAAGAUGUGGAUAUUCUAGUUCUUUAUGAAGGAAUUGGACCUGGGAAAAAGAGGGAAUACUUGCUGUCAGGUUCCUCCCCAGGGACAAUAUGGUUGCUGUCUUCCGAGGUGACUGUAGAAUUCUCCUCCAACUUAAUCAUAAACGAACAAGGCUUCAGUGCCACGUACUGGGCCGAGGACAUCACUCAUCUGUCCAAUGAGGAGAAGAUCAACUGCACGUUUGAGGAGGGAUUCUGUUUUUGGAGGCAGGACCAUGAGGAUGAUGAUGACUGGAUAAGAGCAAAGGGCUUCACCUUUCCUGCCCUUACUGGACCCCUCUAUGACCACACCCUGGGAAACGAGUCAGGAUAUUACAUUAUAACCCAAAGCAGCCAAGGAUACUGGAGAAAGGCUUAUCGCAUCCAGAGUCUCCCUUUGGCUUCGGAAAAUGGAUCAGUGUGUCUGCGAUUCUGGUAUCAUAUGUAUGGGAUGGAUGUUUGGCGUUUGAUAAUAAUGACAAAACACGAGUCAGCAAUAUCCACUCUCUUCCUGAAAGAGGGUAACUAUGGUGACAACUGGAACUAUGGACAAAUAACAAUAAACCACACAGCAGAUCACAUGGUUGUUUUUGAAGCACAGAAGAACGGUGGCUUGAGGAACAAUAUUGCACUAGAUGACAUCAGCAUGACCUCUGGUCCAUGUGGAGAGGGGGUACCAGGUCCGACUACAGACCCCCAUAUCACCAUCCCGCCUCCUACACCAAGUGACUGUGGAGGUCCUUUUGAUCUCUAUUUAUCAAACUCAACAUUCAGCUCUCCAAACUACCCAAAUAACUAUGGAAAUCAAUACUCAUGUUUGUGGAUUUUGCAUGCUGAGGACGGGCAAAAUAUCCAACUACAUUUCCAAGAUUUUGGCACAGAGACAUCAUAUGAUGUGGUGGAGGUCCGAGAUGGAGAGGAGCCUCACUCCAGGCUGCUAGCUGUCCUGACUGGAAAUCGUGUCUUUCCUGAUCUGUUCUCCACAACGUCUCGGUUGACAGUGAGGUUUACGACUGACCUUACGGGAAAAGACCGUGGCUUUCUGGCGAAUUUCAGUACAGGCAUCCACUUGGGGCAGCCAGAGGCUUGUGAGACUGGCCAGUAUCAGUGCAGGUCAGGAGAGUGUGUGCCUAGUUCCAGUGUGUGUGAUGGCACAGUUAGCUGCCCAGAUGGUUCUGAUGAAUCUUACUGUGUGCAUUUGAUGUCCGUAAAUGCCACAGGAGCUCAGCGUCUGAGAAUUCAGGUUGAGAAGAUCCUCUACACAGUUUGUGCAGAGGUCUGGAGCCACCAACUCCCCAACUUCUUCUGCCGCUAUCUGGGCUUCAGGUCAGGAAACAUUUCGUUUGUGCCGCUUUCAGAAGAGGACAGUCCCUUCGCUACUGUCACCCUUACUACAGAGGGCACCCUGGAGCUAAAACCAAGUGAAAAAUGUCCAGGUGAAAAGGUCAUAUCGCUAUACUGUAGCGACCAUCCAUGUGGAACCCGGAAGAUUGCAGUGGGGACCAGCUCCAGGUCGUCUACACUGAAAGAGGCAUCAUCAGAAAAGCAGGAAACAAGCUAUUAUGGGAUGGGCCGAGUGGUGGGAGGGGAAGAUGCACAGAAGGGGGCGUGGCCAUGGAUGGUGUCUCUUAAAUGGCAGGGCCGGCAUGUCUGUGGAGCAGCUUUGAUUGACAGGGAGUGGCUGGUCACAGCUGCCCACUGUGUCUAUGGAAAGAACAUUCACUUGUCGUACUGGGAAGCUGUGUUGGGUGUGCAUACUCAGAAUAAUGAUGAAACUUCUGAAAGACAAACCCAUCUAGUGGACCAAGUCAUCAUGAACCAGCUCUACAACAGGGAGACUAAAGAUGCAGACAUUGCACUGAUGCAUUUGAAGACCCAGGUGAACUUCACAGACUACAUCCAGCCAAUCUGCCUGCCUGUCCCAAAGCAACAGUUUGAACCAGGAAGAAAAUGUGUAAUAGCUGGUUGGGGAUAUCUAACUGAAGGUGGCUCAGUGGCUAACAUACUGCAGCAGGCAGUUUUGCCCAUCCUUAGCAGAGCUCAAUGUCAGGAGUGGCUGCCGGAAUAUGACAUCACGGAGCGCAUGGUGUGUGCGGGCUACGCUGAGGGAGGUAUCGACAGUUGCAAGGGUGAUUCUGGAGGUCCACUGAUGUGUGAAGAAGAUAACCACUGGGUCUUAGUGGGUGUGACAGCAUUCGGAAAGGGCUGUGGUCAACCCCAGCGCCCGGGAGCGUAUGCCCGUGUCAGCCAGUUCACAGACUGGGUAUUGGAGACCCGACGGCUGUCCUCAGUCUGGCACGGUGAUGGAUGA